CUGCCGACAUCUGCUCCUCUUCUGACUUUCACAUCCUGUAGGGAAUGUCUCCACAUUCCUCCUAUCAUAAGGUGGUCAAUCUGGUUCUUGUCCCAGCCAUUUGGAGAAUUCCAGGUCAGCUAGAAGGCAGAGAUCCGCAAAUUGGCAAACAAUGGUGGGAAUGGGCAUGUCUUUUGGAAAAGGAAUGGGACAAGAAACCGGAGUACAAGUGUGAGAAUGUACAGAUGGCUGGACUUUACCAUACUUGCUUUGAUAAAAAGUACAAACCAACACCUCCGUGCUUGGUGUACUCCUUUGGAAUUGACAAUGACUUCAGCUUUGAUGAUGACAUGGCGAAGCAUGGUUGUGAAGUGUAUUCCUUUGACCCCAGCAUGGGAGUGGAAGAUCACCAACGGUCAGAACGGGUACAUUUCUUCAACAUGGGCCUAGCUACCACUGACAGUGACAGUUUUGAGCCUGUGAUGGAUACAUACACAUUCAACAAACAUCAGAAAUGGAAAAUUAGGACCCUUUCAUCCAUUAAAAAAAUGCUUGGACAUGAGAAUAGAGCCAUUGAUAUUUUGAAGAUUGACAUCGAAUCGUAUGAAUGGGCAGUAAUGAAUCAAAUACUGAAAGAUGGACUCAUGGACUCUGUUCGGCAGUUUCUCCUUGAGUGGCAUAUUUUUCCUAAUGAGCCCAUGAGAUGUGACUUCAAGCAGAUGUAUGAAACAUAUAUGGAAUUGAAAAAGAUUGGCUUUCGACAGUUUCACAAGAAUGGAUUUCAAAGGUACCACAGUUUUGAGUACUUCAAUUCUCAACUUGACGAAUCACUGGUAAAUACUAUGUUCAAAGAAAAAGAGUAGUUUUUCCAAUACGUUUGGAACAAUCUUACUGUUGUGCUCAUAAAGGCCUUUUUUUUUUUUUUAAAGUCAAAGUAGGACUUGCUUAGCGCAGACUGUACAUAACUGUUCUUGCUAACAGAGGGUCCAUGCUUGACAACUUUGUAUUAAGUGAGGUCAACUGUGUGUGAAUUGAAAGUUUUAUACGUUUUAUUACGACUUGAUUCAUUCUUACUUUAGCAGGAUUUCUGCUUUCUGUUUCCAUGUAUUGUUCAACGUCUUAUAUAUAGAACUGCUAUUCAUGUAAUAUUUGAAUGUGUUGACCAUUAGAUACGACAGUAACCAGUAGAGCUGUGCCAAUUUGACUUCACUAUUUGACAAUCAUGAUUUUUGCCCUGUUCACAGCUAUUCGAAGCAUGGCAGUGCCAUUCGAAUGCCGUGUGAUUUUUUAAAAACAGAUAAUUGAUUUUUGUCUCAUUUUUCUCAAAUGUAGUAAAAUUGGAGCAUAUUAUAUAUCUAAAAUCAUUUUGAUAUACAAAAAUACUCUUUAUUUGAUGGUUACAAGACAGAGUGAAAAGAGGAGCCAACAAAAGUUAUAAAACAUUCCUCUCUUACAAUUCAAUAUUCACUCGUCUCACCAUGGGUAACUCAAGCAAGGGCACUUGACUAUUGAUGCGCAGCGAAUUUUUUUUGUCCCAUGAAGAUAGCUGUCGCAAUGAGCUCCCCUUCCCUUAUUCGAAAUUCUAAGCACAUAACAUUGCACUGUCUGUGACAACAAUACACACACACUCAGUGACUGGCGUUGAAUAGCGGAAGUUAGACCUGGACUUUGGGCUUAUCAUAUUUAAGAAAAAACAAUUCGACGGCUCUGUGAAUAACGGAAGUUAGAUCUGGGCUUGUCAUGUAUAAGAAAAAAAAAUUCGACGGCGCUUCGAAUAGCAGAAGUUAGAUCUGGGCUUAUCAUAUACGGAAAAAAAUAUUUGACGGCGCUGUGAAUAGUUAACAAAUGUUGAAUAACGAAGUUUGGUCUGGGCUCAUGACGUAUAAGAGAAAAACAUUUGACGGCGCUAUGAAUAGUUAGCGAAUGUUGAAUAGCGGAAGUUAGGUCUGGGCUUAUCAUAUAUAUAAGAAAAAACAAUUUGGCGGCGCUUCGAAUAGCAGAAGUUAGGUCUGGGCUUAUCAUAUAAGAAAAAAAACAUUCGAUGGCGCUGUGAAAAGUUAACAAAUGUUGAAUAGUAGAAGUUUGGUCUGGGUUUAUCAUAUAUAAAAAAUACACCAAUUCGACAGCACUUCGAAUAGCGGAAGUUAUGACUGGGCUUAUUAUUUAUAAGGAAAAAAAAAUUCGACAGCGCUGUGAAUAGUUAGCAAAUGUUGAAUAGUGGAAGAUAGAUCUGGGCUUAUCCUUAUCAUAUAUCGAGAAAAAAAAAUCGACGGAGGUAUUCGAAGGGCAUGAAUAGUGAGUUCACGCUUUGAAGCUUCCAUGAAUUUUUGUUUCCUCAAAAUCGCACAGCACUAGUAACUCAAGCCUGGAAACUGGAAAACAACAUUUUAGGCCUUAUAUUUUUGUUCCACCUGAUAUAUUAUUACCCUCCAAAGGAUGUAAAAGUUAAUUCAAGAUAAUGAUAUGAAUGCAGUGAAGUGAGAAAAGGAAGCUCAGCCUGCAGCUGGGAUUUUUGUGGUGAGGUCUCUACUAAGAAUCCUACAUCUAGAUUCUACUUAGGGAUUCUAUAAUGGAAUGUAUCUUUUUAAUUCUAUGUUGUGCCUUUACAUAGGAAAAAGGCAAAGGGGAAAUAGAGUGUAGCUGUUUGUACAGGUGGGUGUCUUAUACAGGUGACGGUCUUGGCAGGUUCGACUGUAUUUUGAAAAAUUCAAGGGAGGAGAUGAGAAGUAGUUUGGACAGGUGACUGUCUUGGACAGGUGGCUGUUAGAGCAAGUUUUACAGUAUGAUUAUAUUGUCAGAGUUGAAAAAUGAAGGACAUGUUUUACUAGAGACUUGUUGCAGGUUGACUUCAUGACAUACAUCAAUUCUAUCUUGGACGCUAGUUCGUAACCUUGCAUUCAAGAGUGAAAGAGAAGCCACAGUGUUAAGUCUGCAGCAGUUUCAAGAAGAAGAGGAAUGUUUAAAAUUCUUGAAAUUUAAAUAGUUGUAAAACUCAAAUUACUGAUUGUUUUAGUUCUAAUUAAUUGCCAGCGGGUAUCAAAUGAUAAUUCUAUUUUCAAUAUUAGUUGUGUUACUUUCAAGAUUAUAUGUGUAUGUAUCUUGUCAUUUCCUUGCCUCAUAAAUGCUUUGUUGUUACCGUUAAUUCUGUUACUUGUAUAAUGCACCAUAAUACUCAUCGCACACUGGCGCUCUUCCGUCCGACUGUUCUUGUCAGCUGCACAUGACGUUAUCUGAAAUAUUUUUAUGUGCACUAUUUAUUCUUUUAGAUAAACUAGGAUUUCAGUCUUUCUUACUCCGAGCUGAGAGGUGUGUGGAGAGACCUGGAAGUAAAUCCCUUGUUUCCACCUGCGUGUCUUUUACACUUAAAACUGGUUCCAAACCCAGAACAUUUGGUGUGCUAGCUUAGCUCCUUACCAUGAGUUACUGAAGUCUGUCGUGUAACAAUUGGGCUCCUUGCCUUUGCACCAGGUGGGUGUGAAUUUGAUUCCUGCUGGAAUGUUGAAUUCCUCUCAGCCCAUGUUGGUGCUCACAGGCAUGGUCAAAGUAGCCCAUUUUCUCUCUAUAUUUGGGCUAAAUUGUGAUGAUGAGGGUGUCAAACACUUACCGUAACAAUUUUUUUAAAGUUUAUCUCGAGAUCAAAUUUGUCCCUUUUUUAAAUUGGUCAGUGAAAAUGUUGACAGUCAAGGUAAUCUUUUCGUGAUAUCUUAGAAAUCCUGUUUGCAUAAUCAGUAUUUUUGUUUAUAUUUCUAAUGAUAAUGUCAGAGUCUAAAAACAGCAAUUCCCUUUGGUCUGGAAAGUUUCUCCAGUACUGUGUCACUUAAUCAUUUUCCUUUUCGCAUAAUGAGAGUUUGUUCAAUUUCAACGAGUAUGCAACUAUCAUGCCUUACAAAUAUUGAAACUUGCUCUAAUGACCUCCCCAAGACAAUCACCUUUGCAAAUAAUCACUUCUUACCACCCCCCCCCCCCCCCCCCUCUGCAUUUUUGGGUAUCAUUAUAUAUAAUGAAUCCAAUCUAGAGGGUCUCUUGUCUCAGAUGACCAGUUUUCCCCUCAACAAUGGACAAACAGGUUAGACUGUACUGUCAAAAUUGUCAAAGACAGCCUCCCAUUGUUGAGAAGACAAGUGGGUGUCUUAGACAGGUGGUCUUGUUGAAUAUUAUCAUUAGUAAAAAAAAAAAAAAAAAAAA